UCGCGAGCUGUACACACCCACACGGAAUUCUUAAGGAAGAAUAGUCACCUGCCUCGAGUCUCUCUCACACUCAUCAGAUGUCAAAUCUUACUGCUGUUAUAUUCCUCCUCUAGGCUGCGUCUGAGAAAACUGGUGACAAUGACAAACUGAACUUACGCACCAACUCCUCACACUCAGAUAAGGACUUUGAGAUUGGUUUGAGAUCGCCUUUGGUUUGGUCUGACUGGGAUCCCACAGAGUCCAAGUGAAAAAGUCCACGAACCCUCGCUCGCUCUUCCGCCUCUAUCACCAAAGAGACAAUUGCGCCGACGAAUCAAGACUUAUUUUAUUUUCGGCAAGUAAGUUAGGAGUUAAAACAAUAGGCAGAACAUCCAGACUUCAGUUUUUAUUGGAGAAAGGAUAUCUCGGAAAACAGUCAACAUCUAUCACCCUACACCCCCGGCUGGCCGCCCCGAUUGGUUGGUUCACGUUGUCAAAUGCCCAAAAACACUAAGCCCGUCAUCAGGGCAGAGAAGCUUGACGAGGAUGAGGACGUCAACGAGAGCGUUAAAGACCUGCUGUCUAAUGAGGACAACUGUGACUCUCACUCCUUUAAAAAGAGCUCUCUGAUAGUUACGGACGGCAUCCCCGACGGGAAGGGCAAGGGGAAAGGCAAGGAGCGUGAUGCGGAGGAGGGUUCGAGUGAGGCGGAUGAGGAGGAGGAGGAGGAGGAAGAGGAGCGUCCUGCGUGGAACAGUAAGCUGCAGUACAUCCUGGCCCAGGUGGGGUUCUCCGUGGGGCUGGGGAAUGUCUGGAGGUUCCCUUACCUGUGCCAGAAGAACGGCGGAGGGGCGUACCUGGUGCCAUACCUGAUCCUGCUGGUGGUGAUCGGGAUUCCGCUGUUCUUCCUGGAGCUGGCGGUGGGCCAGAGGAUCCGGAGAGGGAGCAUCGGGGUCUGGAACUACAUCAGCCCCAGACUAGGAGGCAUCGGAUUCGCCAGCUGCGUGGUGUGCUUCUUCGUGGCGCUGUACUACAACGUUAUCAUCAGCUGGAGCCUCUUCUACUUCUCUCAGUCCUUCCAGCAGCCGCUGCCCUGGAACGAGUGUCCUCUGGAGAAGAUCAACAAUGCCACCGUGGUGGUUGCAGAGUGUGAGAAGAGUUCUGCUACCACCUACUACUGGUACCGCCAGGCGCUGGACAUCUCGGACUCCAUCUCGGAGAGCGGCGGCCUCAACUGGAGGAUGACCUGCUGCCUGCUGGCCGCCUGGACCAUGGUGUGCCUGGCCAUGAUACGGGGGAUACAGUCAUCGGGGAAGGUGAUGUACUUCAGCUCCCUCUUUCCGUAUGUGGUGCUCAUCUGCUUCCUGGUUCGGGCCCUCCUUCUGGAAGGAUCCAUCGACGGUAUCAAGCACAUGUUCACGCCCAAGUUGGAGAUCAUGCUAGAAGCUAAGGUGUGGCGUGAGGCGGCCACCCAGGUCUUCUUCGCGCUGGGCUUGGGCUUCGGCGGCGUCAUCGCCUUCUCCAGUUAUAAUAAACGCGAUAACAACUGCCAUCUGGACGCCGUGCUGGUCGCGCUCAUCAACUUCCUCACGUCUGUUCUCGCCACGCUCGUCGUCUUCGCCGUGCUCGGGUUCAAGGCCAACAUCAUGAGCGCCAAGUGUGUCGUCGAGAACAGCCGUAAGAUCGAGGGCUUCCUGGGUUCGGAGAUCAGCCGUGACCUGAUCCCUCAUCACAUCAACUUCAGCAGCAGCGUCAGCACUCAGGACUACAAGCAGAUCACAGAUAUCCUGCAGGGCGUGAUGGAGAGUGACUACUCUCGCCUAGGCCUCGACUCAUGCAGCAUCGAAGAUGAACUGAACAAGGCGGUGCAGGGUACUGGCCUGGCCUUCAUUGCCUUCACGGAGGCCAUGACUCACUUCCCUGCGUCCCCCUUCUGGUCCGUGCUCUUCUUCCUCAUGCUGGUUAAUCUGGGACUCGGCAGCAUGUUCGGAACCAUCGAGGGGAUCAUCACGCCACUCACCGACACCUUCCGCAUACGCAAGGAGCUACUCACAGUGGGGUGUUGUCUGUUGGCGUUCAGUAUCGGCUUGCUGUUUGUGCAGCGUUCGGGUAAUUACUUCGUGGCGAUGUUUGAUGACUACUCCGCUACUCUGCCGCUGCUCAUCGUAGUGGUGCUGGAGAACAUAGCUGUGGCCUGGGUAUACGGCACUGACAAGUUCUUUGAUGAUCUUCAUGACAUGUUGGGUUUCCGGCCGCUGCGCUACUACUACUACAUGUGGCGCUUUGUGACCCCCGUGCUGCUCCUCACCCUAUUGGUCACCAGCAUCGUACAGAUGGCCAUGACCCCUCCCACUUACAGCGCAUGGAUACAGGAGAAGGCCCAGGAGGUGUCUCUGCGGUACCCAGUGUGGGGUCUGGUUGUGUGUGUCUCCCUGGUGGUGAUGGCUAUUCUGCCCGUCCCCCUGGUGUUCAUCCUGAGGUACUGCAAUAUCCUGGACGACCACAUGGGAGGGCUCUCGGCAGUCUCUUACCGCAAGGGUCGGCCCAUGGAGGACAGUGCUCGCCCAGAAGGGGAUGAAGGGGACGACGACGACCUCAUCGCCAAGACAACAGGCCACACCCCCUCCUCGCCGCCGGCCAAUAGCAACAUCUACAGGAAGCAGAGCGGAGGGCACGCCCCUGACGCAAGCACCGCCCCCAACGGCCGCUACGGGAUUGGCUACCUGAUGGCCGACAUGCCGGACAUGCCCGAAUCAGACCUCUAGGGGGCGAUAGAGAGGGGACCACGCCAUAGCAACAUCCAUACAGUACAUGCUAUACCAUAGCACCAUGUGUAUGCACAGCACAUACAAUACAUGCUAUACCAUAGCACUAUGUGUGUGUACUGUUCAUACAGAACAUGCUACAACAUAGCACCAUGUGUGUGCACUGUACUGUGCUGUAUGUCCACUGUAUGGUCACAUCUUACUAUUGCGCUGUGACCCCCUGUAGAAUCAUGCCAACAUCAUAGGCCUACCCAUGGUCAUUACAUUUACCAUGUCAUAACAUCGUAACAUGCUGCAUAACAUGUCGUAACAUCGCAACAUGCUGCAUAACAUGACAUAGCACAACAUGGCAUAACACCAUAACAUGCCGCAUAAGCUGUCAUCACCGCUCUAGUUAUUACAUGUCACCACCACCA